AUGUUCUACGGCGCAUUAGUAUGGGACCCUUGGCUCAUUGUUGUCCAAAUUGUGUGCCUUCAAUGUUUACACUAUCUCACUCAUGGAUUCUUCUUGACAGUUCUCAUUGGGGCUCGCGUGUCCCGAAUGAGCCUCGCAUACUACUUUGAUUUUGCUACUCUCACUGUUUUCACUGAUACCGGGCGGUGCGUCAUUGCUUCAUUUGUGCUCACUGCCCUGGCAGGCGCUGUAUAUCUGCUCCUUCUCAUAGAGAGGUCAAGAAAGUGCCUAGACUUUUCAGUCACCCUAUAUAUUGUCCAUCUUUUGAUAUGCAUCUGUUAUGGUGGUUGGCCUUCUUCAACAACAUGGUGGGCUGUGAAUGGCACUGGCAUUGGAGUGAUGACUUUGUUGGGUGAAUAUCUCUGCAUUAGACGUGAACUGCAGGAGAUCAAGAUCCCUGCAGGACGAUAUCGCUUAAACGUUUGA